UUUUAGGGAUGUCGCUGGAACAAAAGACAGAUAUAAAAGUCUUAGUGGCCGCCAUCGACUUUGGUACAACCUACUCUGGAUAUGCCUUCUCUUUCAAAGAUGAAUACGAAAAGGAUCAAACAAAAAUCAUGGCCAAUACAACAUGGGUAUCUGGGCACAAGAAUUUGUUUUCUCAGAAAACUCCUACGUGUCUUUUGCUGAAAUCUGAUCAAAGUUUUCAUUCGUUCGGGUACGAGGCUGAAGACACGUACACCGAUCUUGCCAAUGAAGAAAAACAUCAUUCAUGGUACUUCUUUCGGAGGUUCAAGAUGAUGUUACAUAAUAACAUGACUCUGAACCGUGAAACAAUUAUAUUAGACGAAAGUGGCCAAAAGAAGCUCCCUGCUAUGACAGUUUUUGCCCAUGGCAUACGGUAUCUGAAAGAUCACCUUCUCAACCACCUUAAAGUAAAAGGACUGGACGCUUUGAUCAAAGAAGAUGAUUACAUUCACUGGGUUCUGACGAUCCCUGCAAUAUGGAAUGAUAAAUCUAAACAAUUUAUGAGAGAGGCAGCAAAAGAGGCAGGUAUUAAGAGCCAGAAUUUAAGCCUUGCGCUUGAGCCGGAAGCAGCAGCUCUGUACUGCAGAAUGUUACCUCUAGAGAGACUCUCCACAGCAAGCUGUACAAAUCUGUCCAUGUUUCAACCCGGAACUCGCUUCAUGGUGCUGGAUUUGGGAGGAGGGACUGUUGAUGUAACAGUUCAAGAGGUUCUGUCUGAUUAUACCCUCAAGGAACUCCACAAAGCAAGUGGAGGGGCGUGGGGAGGGACCAAAAUCGACGAAGCCUUCAUCCAAAUGAUUAUGGGCAUCGUUGGAAGUCCGGUUAUGUCAAAUUUCAAAAAAUGUCAUCCCGCCGAUAACCUUGAACUCGUUCGGGAAUUUGAAACUAAAAAGCGAUCUGUGUCCACUAAUGUCAAAGAAAAAAUCACUUUUCGAAUCCCAGUAACAUUGGUAGAUAUUUUUGAGGAAGAAUAUGAUGAAGACUUAAAAUCAACAAUUUCGCAGACGAGGCACAAAGACAAGCUAAUGUGGACAGGAGACAAGCUACGCAUGACCGGGGAAAUGGUUCAUGAACUAUUUAAACAUUGUUCUGAAAGUAUUGUUAAUCAUGUCAAGGAACUCCUUGCACAUCCGUUUUGCGACGGGGUAGAAAACAUUUUAAUGGUUGGUGGAUUUUCUGAAUGCAAACUUAUUCAAGAAGCAAUUAAAAACAAUUUCAAGAAUAACAGAAUCAUCAUACCAGAAGAAGCUGGAUUGGCUAUCGUGAAGGGCGCCGUGCUCUUUGGACAUAAUCCUAAAACAAUUGUUUCAAGAAAGACAAAAUGGACUUACGGUGUUCAAUCCAAUAGAAAUUUUGAAUCAGGCGAUCCCCCGGAGAAAAAAAUUAAAGUUGGGGGCAUUGAUAAAUGCAAAGAUAUCUUCAGUGUCCAUGUUGGUGUCAAUGAAACAGUUGAAGUGGGGACGCCCCUUGAACCCCGUUGUUACUUACCCUUACACAAAGACUCUGAUACUGUUGACAUCCCAAUUUACGUUUCAUCUGAAAGAUUUCCUAAAUAUACUACCGAUCAUACGUGUUCUUACGUAGGAAAAAUGUCGGUAGAUUUGGAGAAAUCCAACAAUGACAGGGAAAUUGAGGUUAAAAUGACCUUUGGUGGAACGGAGCUGAUAGUUGAAGCUAAGGACACGGUGUCAGGGAAUCCGCGUAAGGCGAAGUUUAACUUCCUAGAAUCCAAUAACUAAAAAACUCAACAGGAUGUAUAAUUGCUAACCAGCCUACAAUUAUAUUGAAAUCCAUCGUAUAUUAUCUCUUUUAUUUCCAUUGAAAAUAACGAUCUUUUUUUUUAUAUAUAUAUUUUAUCGCAGCUAAGGAAGUUAACCUAUAUAGAUUCUUAAGCGCCGUCUUUUUGAUGGCAUGUAAAACUUCGUUUCU